UCUAAAAAGGACAACCUCUGCAGCAGUUUCCGGUCUUUUUGUUUGUUUGCUUUUUCACCUUUAUCGACAUAUUACAAUUAUUCUAUGUUUCUUAUUCUCCAUCAACAAAAUAAAAAAGCAAACCAAGAAAAAUAAAAAAUUUAAAGAAACCAACUUUUACUCUGUUCAUUAGCUAUUCUUUUGACUCCAUUCUACUUGUUCUUAUUCUAGCUAGAAAUAGGAAACAAUGUUCUUACACUUUAUGUUAAGUGUGUUUCCUAUGUGUAUAUGAAGUUACCACUUACCAUGUUUGUUAAUCCAAUGGUUUUAAGGUGACCCUCAUUGGUUUCUUUUUUUUUUUUUUACCUCAAGAGGAGUAGUAAAAACUCAAAUCUUUAUCAAAUAUAACAGUGUUAUUUUGGCCAUGGCUCAACAGGAAGAAGGGUGGCCAUUGGGAUUGCAACCACUGAAUAUGAGAAUAGGUUUGGGUAGGAGCAGAGAUUUUUCUGCUGGUUCAGCUUCAUUCAACACUUCACUUAGUCAGUCUCUUACUUCCUCCACAGAUUCUUCUUCAGAUUUGGACACUGAGUCUACAGGGUCAUUUUUCCAUGAUAGGAGCACCACACUUGGAAGUCUAAUUGGUGUCUCCAGUAUAGUUAAUAAUCUCUCAAGAAGAUCAACAAGGUCAAGAACAAAUGGUGUAAUCACAGAUGUCCAAAAAAACUACAGGUCAAAAACAACAUGGUGUUUCUCUUUAUGUCCAAGAAACAGCACAGAUGCUGAGAGUGUAAUGAUGAUAAGGAACAAUGACAGUAGUAAUGUACCAUCACUUGGUCAUUUUCUUGCAGUAGAAAGAAGAGCUACUGCUAAUGGAAAUAGAAGAAGUCAUAACCAUAGUCCUUUGAUAUAUGGACCUGAUGAAUUUGCUAUGGCAUUGCCUAAUAGAGAUCAGAAUUCAUUGUUUGCUAAUGGACAAAUUGCUCCACCUCAGUUGAGUCCAUGGUCAGGUUCUGAUGUUGAAAAUAGACAGAGGGCUAAUAGAGAAUUAGAGCAUGAUGUUCAUGGCCAAGGUGCUCCACUUUUGUUUCCAUGCAUGUGUGGAUGAUAUCUUAGGAUGAUAUGAGUUUUUUUGUGAUUUACUUGAUCGUCAAAAAGAGUUAGUAGCACUUCAGAUUGAUCUCGAGAGACUUCUCUUGAUCCCUACUCCGCGCAUAUCCAGAUUAGUCAGACACAAUGUGCUUCAAAUACCAAAUGAUUAAAAGAAAACAAUGUGUGGCUGAUUGAUCAGACCAACAUACUAAUAGCAAUUAGCUUAAUUCUCUUUGCUACAUACAUCUGUUCAUUUUAUAUUGCUCAUUUCUUGUGCUCAAGAUCCUAAUUUCUAUGGAUUUUGUUAUUCAUUCUCCUUAUGAAAAGACUUGUCCAUUUUCCUGA